CUUAAACGGGCUUUGCUCCAAAAUUACAAGGUUAGCUCCUCAUUUGGUAUUGAAAAUACUGAUUUUUUUUUUCUAAUAAACAAAUGUAAAAUCAAAUAGAGAUGGGUUCAGAAUAUUAAGAUAUAGAACUAAUUCAUUCUUUUAAUUUUACUAAUUUGAUUAAAUAUAAAAAAUUAAUCAGAAAACCAUAAUUGAAAGUUGAAACACUAUAUACAACUCUUUAUCCUAUUCUUGUGGUUCAGUAAUGUUUAGAGGAGGAAAUAAGUAAUUUUAAAUAUUAGAAAAAGCCAUGAAUAGAGUGAUAAGUAUGUAACAAGUAAUUGUAUAUUCUUGUUCUCAUUCAUGUUUGUAUUUGAAUUUUAUAAAAUUAAAGGAAUUAUGCCCUCUUUUGGAUUGUCCAAAGGAGCCAAAAAUCAGAAUAUCACUAAAAACAGUUUAAACAGCUUCUUGCAAUUCACCAUGCAAACAAACAUAUAAAUACACCUUUGCCUUACAAUCUUUAACCAUAACCCAAACCUUAAUCCCAGCCCACAUGGCUAACAACAACUCAUACAUUACUCUGAUCACCAUCCUCUCCCUCUUCACCGUCGCCGCAGCUGGCCGCUUCAUAACCACCACUUCGCCUUCAGUGUCUGACGGCGUUAAUGAUGGGGACCAAGGCAUACUCCGUCUCAACCCUUUCUACACAUCGUCACCCCAAGAGUGUGAACAGACGUACGGAUUCAUGCCAUGCACCACCACCGCGUUCGGGAACCUGUUCCUCAUUAUCGUCUAUGGUUACCUCAUGUACCUUGCCGCAACUUACCUAUCCGCGGGUAGUGAACUGUUGUUGCAAAUUCUAGGGCCUGGUCUAGUUGGAGGCCUCUGCCUUCCGGCCCUUGGUGCACUUCCGGAUGCUAUGCUUAUUCUAGUAUCUGGACUAUCAGGAAGCAAAGAAACUGCUCAAGACCAAGUCUUGGUCGGAAUGGGGUUGCUGGCCGGUUCAACCGUCAUGCUUCUUACAAGCAUAUGGGGAACCUGUAUCGUCGUUGGCAAGUGUGAUCUACAAAACUCAGUGGCUCAAGAUAACAAAGAUACAAAAGGGUUCAAUUUAAGAGGGUCUGGUGUGAGUACUGAUAUUUGGACAAGCUAUUCAGCAAUGAUAAUGGCGGUAUCCGUGCUUCCUUUUAUCGUUGUUCAACUCCCACAAAUCCUCCAUUCGACUUCCGGAAGACACACUGCGGUUUUAGUAGCCUUAGUCCUCUCGGUUUCGCUUCUAAUCGCAUACUGCCUUUAUCAGGUUUAUCAACCGACAUUGCAGAAGAGACACCUUGAUUUUGCAAAACAUAAACACGUUCGAUCUAGGAUUCUCAAGUACUUGAAAAAGCGUGCACUAGGAAGACUCGUUGAUAGCAACGGUGAACCUAACCAAGAAGUUUUACUCAAGCUGUUUAACUCGAUUGAUGUUAAUCAAGACGGAAGCCUUUCGGUCCCUGAACUAAGGGCAUUGGUCGUAGGCAUGCAGUUGUAUGAGAUAAAUUUGAAUGAAGAUGAUGCUGUGACUAAAGUUAUGAAAGAUUUUGAUACGUCUGAAAAUAAUGAAGUCGAGUUUGAUGAAUUUGUGACGGGAAUUGGAAGAUGGCUCGAUGAGGCCAAAGGUUUUAAAAAGACUACUUCUCUUGCCGGUCCUGACUCGUUGAAGUAUGUUCAUGACUAUUACGAGGAGACGAAGAAAGAACAUGAUCUUUUGGGAGAUCAAACUCAUGAUGACGAAGAAGAAGAGGAAGGGGUGGAUGACCCUCGUACAACCACCAUUAAGGCGGUGUUAUUGUUGUUACUUGGUACGGUUAUAGCAGCUGUAUUUGCUGACCCGCUGGUAGAUGCUGUUGAUAACUUUUCGGCUGCAACGCAUAUCCCGUCUUUCUUCAUUUCAUUCAUGGUACUACCAUUAGCAACGAACUCCAGUGAAGCAGUAUCGGCUAUCAUCUUUGCCACCCGUAAAAAACAAAGAUCUGCCUCUCUAACAUUUUCCGAGUUAUAUGGAGCCGUAACGAUGAACAAUGUGCUGUGCUUAUCGGUGUUCUUAGCACUUGUAUAUGCUAGAGGAUUGACAUGGGAUUUUUCAUCCGAAGUUUUGGUGAUUCUUAUCGUUUGCAUUGUUAUGGGCGUGUUUGGCAGUUGUCGAACCACUUUUCCUCUAUGGACUUCGUUCGUGGCUUUCUUGCUCUAUCCGUUCUCCCUCAUACUCGUAUAUGUUCUUGACUAUGGUUACGGUUGGUCAUAGACACAACUGUUUUUAUGCUAUUUUAGUUUGAAAUAAACCGCAUGUGUCAAGUUACAUUAAAAACUUAAACAUAAAUUAAACUUUAAGAACUAAUCUGGACCACACAUUUUGAAUACAAUUGCGUUUAAAAUGUGUGGUCCAGACUGUUUCUUACGGUUAAUAUUUAUAUUUAAGUUAUAUCCAUAUGUAUCAAGGGCUUGCUAGUUACUACAUAUGAAAUAAUAAAGGUUUGGUUUCUUUGUAAGGUGGGAUUGUCUUGU